GAGAAUCUGCAGCCUGAGCGGAGUCUGAGCAGCGGAACAAGCUGAGAGAGUGUGGACUGAUAGCAAGCCGGGAAACUGCAGCUCCUGCGAGGCUCUUGCUGCAACCUGUUGCCCUCCUUUAGUCUGGGAAAGUUUCACUCCUGCGACGCAAAGUAAUGGACAAUUAGAGAGAAAUUCAACAGGCUUUCAACAGCUACUUUAAAGCGAGUCUAAAUCGCAGCUGCCCUAACAUCGCCCUCAGCCUCAACAGAAGCAGCGACCAUGGGCAAACAGAACAGCAAGCUCCGUCCCGACGUCAUGCAGGACCUGAUGGAGAACACGGAGUUCACUGAGCAUGAAAUCAUGGAGUGGUACAAGGGCUUCUUGCGGGACUGUCCCAGCGGCGCGCUUUCCAUGGAGGAGUUCAAGAAGAUCUACGCCAACUUCUUCCCCUACGGAGACGCCUCCAAGUUCGCCGAGCAUGUCUUCCGCACGUUUGACGCCAACGGAGAUGGGACUAUUGACUUCAGGGAGUUCAUCAUCGCCCUGAGUGUGACCUCUCGUGGUCGGCUGGACCAGAAGCUGAAGUGGGCAUUCAGUAUGUACGAUCUGGACGGGAAUGGAUACAUUAGCAAGGCGGAGAUGCUGGAGAUUGUAACGGCUAUUUACAAGAUGGUUUCCUCUGUGAUGAAGAUGCCCGAGGACGAGUCCACACCAGAGAAACGAACAGACAAAAUCUUCAGGCAGAUGGACACAAAUCGAGAUGGUAAACUGUCCCUUGAGGAGUUUGUCGAGGGAGCGAAAAGCGACCCCUCCAUCGUCCGGCUGCUUCAGUGCGAUCCCAGCAGUGCUGGGCAGUAGAAAAGUGGACUUUCUCCCAUCAUUGCUUUGAUUCAUUUAACACAAUUUGAAUAUCUCUCCCAGCUGACCCACCUGAGAUGGCUGACAUUUCACUCACUUGAGCUUUAGAGGCACACACACACACACACACACACACACACACACACACACACACACACACACACACACACACACACACACACACACACACACACACACACACACACACACACACACACACACAACAUGCAACUGUACAUACUACAAAUACCAAAGCCUGAUGCAGAUAUUAUCUCUGAUGUUCACAUGCACAUACUGCACAUGUGCCUCUAUGCCUGAUCAAAAUCUGCAGACAACACAGAUCUCAUACAUGGUACAAAUAUAACACAAAGGACUGAAAUCCCAUCAAAGACUUGUUAAACACUGAAUCGAAGUUGUGCUAUCUCUGUCUGAGAAGACGCUCGGCGAGAAUAAUCCAACAGAUUCGUGAGGUACAUUGAGCCGAGUUCUAGUUUCUUUUUCUUUUUUUUUUACAGCAAAAUUCCUUAUUUAUGGGGAUUAUGCUCAUUGUGUUCUCUUUUAACUGACUCGGGUUGUUGAGUGAUGACUGACAGAUUUUCACAAAGUAUUGUGAUUUAGCUCCAUGUUAACACUGGAAGUAAAUGAGUCUGGCACAAGUGUUUAAAGCUAACAGUAUGGCUAAUGUAGACAGGAGAUCUGGGACGUUUAGUUUUAAAGUACAGAAGAAUUUUAAAAGGGAUGAAAGCUGUUUGUUUUUGUUUUCUUUUUAAAUGUCUAUUUUGGAGGAAUGUUUCAUCAAACCAAAACUGACUCAGAUUUCAAAAUGAAGGGGAAUAUUGUGACUACAGGUUACAACCAUCUGUUCUUUCAAAAAUGACUGUUUAUGCCAAGUUCUAUACACACACACACACACACACACACACACACACACACACACACACACCUCACACAUUUAGCAUAAACACAACUUAAUUUUACUGAUGAAAACAUGGAUUUGACAUAUUCACAAAAUGAGCUGUGAACUACGGUUCAACAAGUGUAUGAGCAAAAAAAAGUAAGUAGUUGUUUGAAUAUAUAGUGUUACUUAUAUAUUCUUUUACUCUGUGACCACAUUGUGGCAGUUUGCUACAGUGUAAGAAAUUAAUUUUACAAUUUUGACGUAUAAAUUAUUGGAUUGUGAUUAUAAACAUUUUAAUUUACUUGACGAAUAAGAUAUGAGAGAAGGUUGUACAGUAUAUCACUCAUAUUUAUGCUAGAGAUGUUAAAAAAGGAGAGGACCACACAUAUUGCUGUUCAUUCAGAAAAUCCACAGCCACAUGUAGUACAUAUAGGCUUCCUUUUGCCCUUUUUGAGAGAGGAAAUAGCUUCAAAUCUCAGUCCAAUUCAGUCUGCUGACAUACCACUAAGCCGGUAAACAUAGGCAGUCAUUAAGAUUUCCUGUACUGUGGUGUAUAAACAAUGGCAUACAAGUCAUUAAAGUGCAUCAUUAAUAACUGGAUAUUUCAAGUCUGCUGCGAAUUUGACUUCAUAUCUCUUAAAUGUGCACCUAAAGAUUUAACUGUAACUGUGACAUGGGAGGUGACUGAUGUUUUUAAAAUGUUUAUGUCGCACAGUAACAAUUAAGUAAUGGAACAAAGCAUUGAAGUUGAUAGGGAAAAACAGCAGAGUCCACCAAACCUCACUGUCUUUUUGCAGGAUUUACCGAUCCAAUGCUUUCAUUCUGCUGAACUUUCACUUACGUAUACCUCUGACACCAAAAGGUGUGGUAAGUCUUAACAGGAAGCUUAAUGAUAACUUUGUGAGAAAAACAAUUGUGAUAAAUAAUCGUUUUUUCUGCACAUUUCAAUGAGGUGAUCAUCAGGUAUGUCAGACUCACAUUUCACUUCAAUAGCAUCUUGUGGUCAAGUGCCAAAUAUAGAUGAAUUAAAUAGAAGGAAAAAAAACACAGUAUUGUAUCCAUUUAUACUGUACAGUUGUCUGUCGAACAAAACACUUUGUCACUGUAUCAUUUUGUAGAUUUUGUAUUGUUAACCGGUAUGUAUUCUGUGUAGGUUAUCCAUUUUGUUAUUCAAAAUAAAGACAAAGUGGGAAAUG